AUGUUGCGCAAGCUAUAUGUUGAAGAAGAGGAGGAAGAAGAUUUCGGUCCCAUCUACGACACCGAUGGUGAAGGGGAAUUUUGUGAAAGAAUAAAUUUCUUGUUUGAAGAGGAAUUUAUUGAAAAAUUCACUUUCAUGGUUGGAGAUGAAAUUAUUGAAGACUCUAGCCCUAUCUACGAUAUUUAUGGGGAAGAGGAUCAUGAAGAAAUUGAAGAAGAAAUAAAUUUUGUGCUUGGAAACGAAAUUGAUGAAAAGUUUUUGAAAGAAAAAGAUUUUGUUGUUACAAACAAAAUUGUUGAAGAAAAGGUUGAAGAAUUCAAAGAGGUGGAGCAAGUUCUUGACCACGAAGAUGUGGUUGUGGUUAAGAAGGAUGAUGAUACUCGUCUUAUAACAAACCGUCUUUCUAAGAACCUAGAAGAAGGAGUGACCCAUCAAGUUCCAAGUUCCAAGCAAUUACGAGGUAGGGAGUUUAUAAUGCUUGGAUUCCUAUUCUUGUGGUGUACCUUUAGUUGGGAAGCCAUGUUAUUGGAACAUGUUGUUCAUCAACCCACAAGUACAAACCAUGAUCUAAUAUUUCAUAUGGCCAUUGUUAAUCCUUUAAAUUAUUUCAAGAAUAAUUUACUAGGUCCUAAUCUUGUUCAUGGGAGUGUACGAAAGUGGUUUUUGAUCCACAAAUGGAAGACACGGUUAGGAUUUCAUUUGGCGAGUUCUUUUAGCUAUUUGAAGAACAUGUGUAUGUGGAGAAGAGACCAACUUGGAGUAAAGAAAAUGUCACAUUCUGCAAUAAAAAUAUGUUUUCAAGACCUAUUGUCAUGGAAGCAAGGGACACAAGAAAGAGAUCAUUCUUCAGAAAGGAUUGGUAUGUUCUCACAAAAGGUAUGGAAUUGUAGAAGGGUGAAUCUGAGGGUGCAUAGUGUAGUGAAGAAAGCACAUCUUGGCCUUGUUACAGCCCUAGCCUUCUCACAGGAUUCAAGAGCCCUGGUGUUUGCAUCUCUUGAUUCAAGUGCAAGGGUCACACAAAUCAAAGAAACCAAAAACAAUGAAGAGAAAACAAACACCGAUAAGAACAUGUCAACCAUGUUUGAUGUGUUGAGAAGGAACAGAACUGUAAAGCUUGAAACUUUAGUCCUGAAAUGUAAACCCUGGUUGAUGAUUUGUCAAGAAUGGUCAAACUAUUUUCCAAAAAUACCCCAUGGAUCGGAUCCUAUCUAUAGUAUGUUUAAACAGCAUGUUGCUGCUGAAGGAACAACCUUGGUCAAACAGUCAAAAGAUGCUGCAAGUAAUAAGAAGGUGGAAAAGAGAUUGCAGGUUGAUCCUGCUACAUGA